AUGUUCUUGGAGUUGAGAAACUACAGAGUUUGUUCAGGCACUUCCAUGGCAUUUGGAUCCAUGUUAAGCGAGAAAGGUCUCCAGCUCUUCUCCGGCACUCCCUCGCAUCUCCGGCGCACCUCUCGUUCUCUGGCGCGCAUCUUGUUCUCCGACGUCAGUGUAGUUAUCCGGUACUCCGGAUCGAACAAGGGCUUCAUCCCCCCUGCACCAGUCAUUUCGGGCAGCAGCUUCAUCACUGUCAUCUACGGCCAGUAUCCUCUCCAUGGUGUCAUCUCUUUUUCUCCGAUCUUGAAGAAGAUGACGAAUCCAAAGAGAGACAACUUUUUCAGCAGAUUCAUAUUAACAAUAACAGCGAUUAUGAUAUCACUUUCAUGUUCAUGUGUGAAUUUCUCACAUGCUGCUUCCUCGACUUCUUCUUCUUCUUCUUCAGUGCACACCAACAACUGGGCAGUCUUGGUCUGCACCUCACGCUUCUGGUUUAAUUAUCGGCAUAUGGCAAACACUUUAUCCUUGUAUAGGACUGUGAAACGACUUGGGAUACCUGAUGAGAGGAUCAUUCUUAUGUUAGCAGAUGACAUGGCUUGCAAUUCCCGAAACAAAUACCCUGCACAAGUUUUCAACAAUGAAAACCAUAGGCUUAACUUGUAUGGAGAUAAUGUUGAGGUAGACUAUCGAGGUUAUGAAGUGACAGUUGAGAACUUUUUGAGAGUUUUAACAGGUCGCCAUGAAAAUGCUGUUCCAAGAUCCAAACGUCUUAUGAGUGAUGAAGGAAGCCAUAUACUGUUAUAUAUGACAGGACAUGGAGGAGAUGAGUUUCUGAAAUUUCAAGACUCUGAUGAACUUCAGAGUCAUGAUUUGGCUGAUGCAGUCAAACAAAUGAAAGAAAAGCGUAGGUUCAAGGAACUGUUGAUUAUGGUAGAUACAUGUCAAGCUGCUACCCUCUUUUCCCAGCUCCAUUCACCUGGUGUUUUGGCUAUUGGGAGUAGCAUGAAAGGGGAAAACUCAUAUUCACAUCACUUAGAUUCUGAUGUUGGUGUCUCUGUUGUGGAUCGAUUCACAUUUUAUACGUUAGCUUUCUUUGAGAGGCUCAAUAUGUAUGACAAUGCAUCGUUAAUCAGUCUGUUUGGCUCAUUUAAUCCAGAUUUACUGCUGUCAACUGCAUAUUAUCGAACAGAUUUAUACCAACAAGAAUUGGAGAAGGUACCCGUGACAAAUUUCUUUGGUUCAGUGAUGAAAACAAUCCACACUGGUUCUGCUUACAGAGGUAAACCCAAAUCUGAUGUGUCAUCAGAUCCAACUCCAAGAAUAACAACUACUAGUUCAGUUUCUGGGAAACAAGUUGAUCAUCUGGAGACAAAUGUGGUGAAAGUGAAACAUGGAAAUGGAAGUAGUUGUCCUCAUGCAGAAUUAUGGGAUAUGAUGGUUGACAAGCUUCAAACUAUCAAAAAUGUUGACACCAUUGUCAAUUACGAUAGAUAUAAAGGUGUUGGGUUGCAAAAACAAAACAUGUUAAUGAGAAAAAUUGAGACCCUUAGAAGAGCAUCCGGUUAUAUAUGCAACUCUCAAGUAAAUGGCCUUGGGUGGGUGGGUGGGUCUUUACAUCACAUGGAUGGAUUCCUCAUUACACAAUUUAUUUUUGUAACAAUCACUAUGCAUGUAGGUAGGUACUCACAAUCUACAUCAACAUAA